GGUAAAGGUUGCCUCGCCGCACAUGCGCAAAUGGUGGCAACGUGACACGAGUGUGGCGGUAGCGGUGUGUGCAAGAAAUCCCCUGUCAUAGUCAGGUUGUAGCCGAGGAUCAGUCACCAGCGCCGAACCAGGCUGACACUGUUUAAACUGCCGCACCAUGUCCUGGCUGUUCGGCUUGAAUAAGGGGCAAUCCGAUCCACCCCCGGGUAUUCCAGUCCCACCGCCACCUCCUCCGCCGGCUGGCAGUUCGGGGGGAAGUGGCGGCGAUAAACCCAAGGACAAAUGGAGUAACUUCGAUCCGACCGGGUUAGAACGAGCGGCCCAAGCGGCCAAGGACCUGGAUAAAUCGCGCCAUGCAAAGGAGGCCCUGGACCUGGCGCGCAUGCAGGAGCAGUCUGUGCAGAUGGAGCAUCAGAGUAAAAUCAAGGAGUACGAGGCUGCUGUGGAACAGCUGAAAGGAGACCAAAUCCGCAUCCAGGGGGAUGAGAGGAGGAAAACACUCACAGAGGAGACCAAGCAGCAUCAAUCGAGGGCGAAGUACCAAGACCAGCUGGCCAGACAGAGGUAUGAGGAUCAGCUAAGACAGCAGCAAGCCCUGAAUGAGGAGAAUCUGCGCAAACAAGAGGAAUCCGUUUUGAAGCAGGAGGCGAUGAGGAAAGCGACCAUCGAGCACGAGAUGGAGCUCCGGCAGAAGAACGAGCUGCUGCGCGUGGAGGCGGAGGCCAAGGCUCGCGCGCGCACCGAGCGGGAAAACGCCGACAUCAUCCGCGAGCAGAUCCGCCUGAAGGCCGCAGAGCACCGGCAGACCGUCCUGGAGACCAUCCGGACGGCGGGUGCAGUGUUUGGGGAGGGCUUUCGGGCCUUUGUGUCGGACUGGGACAAAGUGACAGCAACGGUUGCGGGGCUGACCCUGCUGGCCGUGGGAGUGUACUCAGCACGGAAUGCAACGGCUGUGGCAGGGCGCUAUAUCGAGGCUCGGCUGGGAAAACCGUCACUGGUCAGAGAGACGUCCAGGAUCACGGUGGCUGAGGCUGUCAAGCACCCAGUUAAGAUGACAAAGCGUUUGACCAGCAAGCCACAGGACGCUCUGGAGGGAGUUGUGCUCAGUCCAUCAUUGGAAGAACGAGUGCGUGACAUCGCCAUAGCUACCCGGAACACCCGUCAGAAUCGUGGGCUAUACCGGAACAUUCUCAUGUACGGCCCCCCUGGUACCGGCAAGACUCUCUUUGCCAAGAAGCUGGCAGUGCAUUCUGGGAUGGAUUAUGCCAUCAUGACGGGUGGAGACGUGGCACCCAUGGGACGUGACGGAGUGACUGCCAUGCACAAGGUCUUUGACUGGGCCAACACCAGCCGCCGCGGCCUGCUACUCUUUGUAGAUGAAGCUGAUGCAUUCCUUCGCAAGAGAUCCACUGAGAAGAUCAGUGAGGACCUCAGAGCUACUUUAAACGCAUUCCUCUAUCGCACAGGCGAACAGAGCAACAAGUUCAUGCUGGUCCUGGCCAGUAAUCAGCCGGAGCAGUUUGACUGGGCGAUAAACGACCGUAUCGACGAGAUCGUAAACUUUGCGCUGCCGGGCCCGGAGGAGCGGGAGAGACUGGUGCGGCUCUACUUCGACAGAUACGUGCUGGAGCCGGCCACCGGGGGGAGACAGAGGAUGAAGCUGGCGCAGUUUGACUAUGGGCAGAAGUGCUCGGAGAUCGCCAGCCGCAUCGAGGGCAUGUCGGGGAGAGAGAUCUCCAAACUGGGCGUGGCCUGGCAGGCUGCGGCGUACUCUUCUGAGGACGGCGUUCUGACCGAGGCCAUGAUUGACGCGCGGGUCGAAGACGCCAUCCGCCAGCACCUCCAGAAGAUGGACUGGCUGCAGAGGGAGACGCCCGGCUCGGUGGCACAGGAGGGCGGGGUGGAGACCGUGGGGAAGAUGGGCUUCACCCUGCCUACAAAGGCCCUGCAGGCGGACAUGUUGCCCCUGAGUGGGGCGGAAAGCGGGAACGAUGUGGGCCUCCCCUCUGCCCAGGAGGCAAUCCCACUGGCCCAGGAGGUGAUGGAACUGGCCAAGGAUGGAGCCCCAGCUGUGGAGGGGAGCACUGUGCCAAUGCCCCUGGAGACGCCCCAGGACAGGACACCCCCACCUACUGAGGAAGGGGCAGAAAUGGGGGACAAGAAGGAGGAAGAACAGAGCAAAGAGGUGGCAGGGGUCACCCUUCCUCCGGAGGGGGCUGCCGAAGCUGGGAGUAAAGUGCCCAAAGAUGGAACCCCUGUCUGAGGGGGACAGCUCACAGUGGGCAGGUGUGGGUUGUACUGCUGGGGCCGUUAUGGGAAGUCUGAUCGGCCUCAGCCCGCGGCUGCUAUGAGUCCUUCUGAUUAAAUUACACACCUGUUACUGUC